AUGUGGGACUUCAACCACUGCGAUCCAAAACGAUGUAGUGGAAAGAAGCUCGCAAGACUAGGCUACGUCACAGAGCUCAAAGUCGGACAAAGAUUCCGAGGCGUGGUCCUUACUCCAAACGCAACACAAAUCCUCUCUCCCGCAGACGCCCCAAUCGUGGCAGAGCACGGCCUGGCCGUAGUAGAAUGCUCAUGGGCGCGCCUAGACGAGAUUCCAUUCAAGCGCAUCCAGUCUCCACACGAGCGACUCCUCCCCGAGCUCGUAGCAACCAAUCCAGUCAACUACGGCAAGGUCUCCAAGCUCAACUGUGUGGAAGCAAUGGCUGCCGCCCUUUACGUUUGCUCUCUCCCUAGACUCGCAGAGACGCUCCUCAGCAGGUUCGGGUGGGGUCAUGCCUUCCCUGAUGUCAAUGAAGAGCUGAUUGAGAAGUACAGGCAUUGCAAGGACGAAGGAGAAAUCAAGGCACGGCAGAGGACGGGGAAGAGGAGGAGGCGGACGAGGCAGACUCAAUAG